UCUUAGUGUCAUCAAUGUCAUAUGCCAUUCCAGUGUCAUAUUUUCCUUCAAAAUAUCGGUACGGUACAAUGUUCAAAAUACCAAGUUUUUCGAGAUAUUUCUCAUCAAUAGCCCAAUGAUGAACAAGCCAGUGGGGAGAAAAUGUUGCAGAUAGCCGUCUUCGCCCUGACAUGGAUUGCUUGUUACGCGGGUUACGAACACCUCUUGGAACAAGAAAACGUCACCUACAGCACCGUCCCCGGCAUCGCGGCGUACCGCUCUGCUCUCACUCUAGACUCGGUGGACAAAGGUUCCCAGCAGAGGGAAUACGCACACACGUUUGGGAGUGACUCGCCGACUCUUUCUAAAGACUUGGAUGAGUCGGAGUGUAUGGAAUAUUCGAGGCCUGCUGCUGGGAAGAUAGCCAGGCUUAUGCUGGAGCUUUUGAAAAACCUUGAAAACGACGAUGGCGUCAUCCAAGAGUUAUCUCAGACGCUGGCACGUACCAAGCUUCUCAUGCCGACGUCGAAGUUGGACGUGGAGCCAGAUUUGACGUCGCUGGUGCAGACGCCACAGCUAAUGCAAGGCGAGCCGCUAGACACCUUGCCGAGGGUUCUGGCAACUGUGUGGAUGCUAGCCGAAGACCCUGGCAUCACUAAGGAGAAUGGCUGGUGUCCCAUUGAACAGCUGACUCAAUUCUUGAACUCUGCGACGCCAGUGGAGAUCGCGGUGCGCAUGCGUGCGGUUGACCCGAUCCUCUCUCGCGCACGUUUUAUACUCGAAGACUUUAUGCAGAGCGUCGCGCCUAUGAGCAUCAAGUGGAAUCGACCGCCUAUAGUUAUGGUAAAUCAUUUGAGGAAUGUCUCUUCAAAAGGGCUUAAUUUGUAUGAAAUCGUUUGGGAAUACAAAAAAGCCGGAGGUCAGCACUAA